AAGGGUAUUCCCUGACAUCAUGAGUUCAAAGUUCAUCACGAUAUAGACUCAAGUUGUGACCUAAGAAAAAUUGAUAUGGCUUCAGAAACUUAUUAAAAUAACGUUGUUUACAAGGUUUAGGAAAUAUGGGAGGGACAGUUUCAGCGACAGAUUUCAAUUGGUCCCAACAAGAGGAACCUCAUAAAUCAAGAAGAAAAGAAAUUUUAGAAAAACACCCUGAAAUCAAAUCUUUGAUGGUUGUUGAUCAUCAAUUUAAAUACCAAGUAACUGCUCUCGUGCUCCUUCAGUUUUUUAUCGUAACAGCCAUCUCAUAUUUUGAUGUUAAAUGGCCUCUCUUGUUACUAAUAACGUAUAUUGUAGGUGGAACAGUGAAUCAAGCUUUGUUAUUAGCUAUUCAUGAAAUUUCACAUAAUAUGGCAUUUGGACAUUCCAAGCCCUUAUACAAUCGUAUAUUUAGUAUGUUUGCAAAUCUACCUAUCGGUGUCCCAAUGGCUUUGUCGUUUAAAAAGUAUCACUUAGAACAUCAUCGUUAUCUUGGUCAUGAUGUUGUUGAUACUGAUAUUCCAACAGUAUUAGAAGCUAAACUGUUUACAAAUACACUUGGAAAAGCUAUUUGGAUGUUUUUCCAGUCUCUUUUUUAUGCCUUCCGUCCAUUAAUUUCUUACCCAAAAGAAGUUUGCAAAAUUGAAGCUUUUAACUUUCUUAUACAGUUUGCAUUUGAUACUUUAAUUUUUUAUUACUUGGGUCCAAAAGCAUUAUUUUAUUUGAUUAUUGGUUCCUUACUUGGAAUGGGAAUACAUCCAGUUGCGGGUCAUUUUAUUGCAGAACACUACAUGUUUUCUAAAGGCUUUGAAACAUAUUCAUAUUAUGGGAUUUUGAAUAAGCUUACAUUUAAUGUAGGCUAUCACAAUGAACAUCACGAUUUUCCCAACAUUCCUGGAUCUUUGUUGCCAAAAGUCCGAGAAUAUGCUCCUGAGUACUAUAACAAUAUUCCUUACCAUACUUCUUGGGUCAAUGUAAUUUACAAAUUUAUAACGGAUUCUUCAGUGGGUCUUUAUGCGCGAAUGAAAAGAAACAAAUAUGACGAAGAAAAACGAAAGCUUUUCGAUAAUGUCGAUAAAACAGAUUAGUUUAAUUUUUUUAAUUUUGCUGUGUAAAAUAAUGUCUAUCGCAUGGAAUGUCUUUAAAGAAAAAAACAUUUCAGACAAUCGAUGUUUAAUCGUGUUUUUCUAGUAUUUAUAGAUAUUUAUAUCUCAUUUGUUUAUCAUAUUUAUCUUUUAGCUAUAUAAUAUCGAUUU